AUGGAUAGAAGAACCCCGUACUCAUUGAGUGUUCUUCAGCCCAAUACUGACGGGCCAGAUGAAGCCCGCACUGUUGUUCAGUCCCAACUUCGAGAGUUUAUUCUCGCCUUUCAACUAGAUAAUGCCUUUAUUUACAGAGAUCAAAUUCGGCAGAACGUUCUUGCGAAGAAAUUCUAUUGCGACGUCGAUGUUGCCCACCUGAUUGCAUAUAACGAAGAGUUAGCUCACAGGCUUACCACCAACCCUCUAGAUACACUCCCUUUAUUCGAAGCAGCCCUAAAGCAGUGCACGCAACGAAUAGUGUACCCAUCGCAAAAAGAUAUCGAAUUACCUGAACAUCAGCUUCUGCUUCAUUCGAGCGCUUCGCAUAUAACAAUAAGAGAUCUUAAUGCCACAAAUGUGUCCCAUCUGGUGCGGAUUCCUGGAAUCGUCAUCGGUGCCUCAACGAUCUCGUCCAAAGCAACUGCGAUCCAUAUCAAAUGCCGCAAUUGUGAGGCGUCAGAGAACAUUGUUGUUGAAGGUGGGUUUUCAGGUAUAUCUUUGCCUCGAACUUGUAAGAAAGAAAGAGAACGAACGGAGGACCCCUGUCCAUUGGAUCCUUACGUGGUUGUGCACGAGAAAUGCCAAUUCAUCGACCAACAAGUUUUAAAGCUCCAGGAGGCUCCUGAUCAGGUUCCUGUGGGAGAAUUACCGCGUCAUAUUCUAGUUUCCGCCGAUCGGUAUCUUGCCAACCGUGUCGUACCUGGCUCUCGGUGCACCGUUAUGGGUGUUUUCUCUAUCUACCAGGCCAAAGGGAAGAAAAGUGCUACCUCUGGAGCAACUGCUAUUCGAAAUCCCUACGUUCGGGCCGUUGGAAUUAGUAGUGAUAUUGACCACACUGCCAAGGGAAGUUCGAUCUUCACUGAAGAGGAGGAGCAGGAAUUUUUAGAAAUCAGUAGACGAGCAGAUCUUUACGAUGUAUUCGCGGAUUGUAUAGCGCCGUCAAUUUAUGGGAAUCGAGACAUCAAGAAGGCGAUAGCCUGUCUUCUUAUGGGCGGAUCAAAGAAAAUUCUACCCGAUGGUAUGAAACUGCGAGGAGAUAUUAACGUUCUACUACUUGGUGACCCAGGUACUGCAAAGUCCCAGCUUCUCAAAUUCGUUGAGAGAGUUGCCCCGAUUGCGAUCUAUACGUCUGGCAAGGGUUCUUCCGCCGCAGGUCUGACAGCCUCCGUCCAACGCGAUGCUACAACACGAGAGUUUUAUCUCGAGGGCGGUGCCAUGGUUCUCGCUGAUGGAGGUGUCGUUUGCAUUGAUGAGUUCGACAAAAUGCGAGAUGAGGACCGGGUUGCAAUCCACGAAGCCAUGGAACAACAGACUAUCUCCAUUGCUAAAGCUGGCAUUACAACAAUUUUAAACGCACGAACUUCGGUGUUAGCUGCAGCAAAUCCAGUAUUUGGAAGAUAUGAUGACAUGAAGACUCCUGGCGAAAAUAUCGACUUUCAAACAACAAUUUUAUCUCGAUUUGACAUGAUUUUUAUUGUCAGGGACGAGCAUGAGAAAGGACGGGAUAGAAAGAUGGCGAGACACGUCAUGGGCAUACAUAUGGGUGGUAGAGGUGUUGAAGAGCAAGCUGAGGCGGAGAUCCCAGUCGAGAAGAUGAAGCGAUACAUCAGUUAUUGCAGAUCUCGCUGCGCGCCUCGAUUAUCACCAGAUGCGGCAGAGAAACUCUCAUCCCAUUUCGUCUCGAUCCGCAAACAAGUGCAUAAAGCUGAGCUCGACGCCAACGCCAGAUCAUCCAUCCCUAUAACGGUUCGACAACUAGAGGCCAUCAUCCGAAUCACGGAGUCCCUGGCUAAAUUAAGUUUGUCGCCGAUCGCAACUGAGACUCACGUCGACGAGGCCGUCAGGCUAUUCCUGGCGUCGACCAUGGAUGCUGCGGUUCAUGGCGAAGGCCACGCGAGUAAAGAGCUUAUGGCCGAAGUCGGCAAAGUCGAAGAUGAAUUGAAGCGACGAUUGCCCAUUGGCUGGAGCACCAGUCUGGCUACGCUCAGGCGGGAGUUUGUGGAUGGUAGAAACUACAGUGAACAAGCCUUGAACCGGGCAUUGGUGAUUCUACAACGGAGAGAAACUUUACAGUUCCGGUCUGGGGGAUCGCAGAUUUAUCGGAACGGGCCUUGA